UCUAUUACCCAAUUUCUCUCUCUGUAUCCAUUGGUGCACGAUAGCAUCUCUGAUUACCGCCACACAUUUGCAUCGGCACUCUCCUCCUCCAUUGCCCCACUAUGGGGAAGCGGCCUCCACCACCGUGUGAUAUAGAGUGUGGACCCCACAAAGCUCGGCCACCCCCACCACCGUCACCAUAUUUUCACCCUCCGGCCUCUGAGUCUGAACCAUGGUUCGCCUGGCUCGUACCACUCAUUUUUGCGGCUAAUGUCACGAUGUUCGCGUACACCAUGUAUGCGAAUGAUUGCCCAGCACAUACUGGAAAGGAGAAGUGCCUGUUGGGCAAAUACCUGGGGAGACUUUCUUUUCAACCCUUCAAAGAGAAUGCGCUCCUUGGCCCUUCCACCACCGUGCUGGUUCAACUAGGAGGGCUUGAAAAUAAAUUAGUGGUGGAAAAAGGUGAAGGAUGGCGCCUCUUGUCUUGCAUGUGGCUUCACGCUGGAGUCAUCCAUUUAGUUGCCAACAUGUUGAGUCUUCUCUUCAUAGGAAUCCGGCUUGAACAGGAAUUUGGAUUUGUGAGGAUAGGAGUGUUGUACUUGCUUUCUGGUUUUGGUGGAAGCUUGUUAUCUGCCCUUAAUUCUAAAUCAUCAAUAUCAGUCGGUGCAUCUGGUGCACUUUUCGGCCUAUUGGGAGCCAUGCUUUCCGAGCUUCUCACUAACUGGACAAUCUAUGCAAACAAGUGUGCAGCACUUGUGACCCUGGUGGUAAUUAUUGGCAUAAAUUUGGGUGUGGGGUUUCUACCUCGUGUGGACAACUCAGCUCACGUUGGAGGAUUCGUGUCAGGAUUUCUACUUGGAUUCAUUCUUUUAGUCCGUCCUCAAUUUGGAUAUGUAAGCCGCAAAUACAUUCCUACAGGAUAUGAUAUCAAGCGCAUACACAGGCACACGUGGUAUCAGUAUCUCUUCUGGAUUACUGCUUUACUCCUCUUAAUCAUUGGGUAUGCAUAUUGUUGUGUUACGCUGUUUAAGGGUGAGACGGCAUAUAAUUUGCCUUUCUGAAUAUGCUUCUGUCAAUCUAAAUUGUGUAUUCUUCAAGCAUAUGUGUGCAUAUGAUCCAGGAAAACCUACAUUAAAUUAUUUAUUUUCUUUUUUUGAAAAAAAAAAAAUUAUAAUUUAUUAGGAAAAAGUUUUAGUUUA